UAAAUGCAGUGCCAGUGAGGUUUGGUACAGAUAUGAGUGCCUGGCUGCUGUGCUGCUCCCGUGCCCCAGCGCUCCCUGCCCUGUGAUUUUGGAUAACAAGCCUAAGUGAAUUACACAUCAGCUGGUAAGAAACCAAAAGCAACCUGCCUUUAUUGAAUUCUCAAGAACACAGCCGACCCUUUGGUACAUUAUCAAGAUGCAUUAGGAAACUGGAUCUGGUGCCAAAAGAACUCCAUGAGUUUCCAUGACUCUCUUGAACUCCAACGCGGAUACUUUUGGAUAUAAAUUUCUGUUCUAAGGAGAGUGUGUACUCCAACUCCUUUCUGCCAGCUUACUGGCAGAGGUAUUUCACUAAGAUCAUGGACCAUCCUAGUAGGGAUAAGGAUGAAAGGCAGCGGACGACGAAAGGAAUGCCGGGGAGGAGCGGGCACGGAUCGCGGCCGAGCUCAUCGGCGUCCUCCGGCGUCCUCAUGGUGGGACCCAACUUCAGAGUGGGCAAGAAGAUUGGGUGUGGGAACUUUGGAGAACUCAGACUAGGUAAAAAUCUCUACACCAAUGAAUAUGUAGCUAUCAAACUGGAACCAAUUAAAUCCCGGGCACCACAGCUUCAUUUAGAAUACAGAUUUUAUAAACAACUUGGAAGUGCAGCUGAAGGGCUCCCCCAGGUGUAUUACUUUGGACCCUGUGGGAAGUACAAUGCCAUGGUAUUGGAGCUGCUUGGUCCCAGCCUGGAAGAUCUGUUUGACCUCUGUGACAGGACCUUCACUCUGAAGACGGUGUUAAUGAUUGCCAUUCAGCUGAUCUCUCGGAUGGAGUACGUGCAUUCCAAGAACCUCAUCUACCGCGAUGUCAAGCCGGAGAACUUCCUCAUCGGCCGGCAGGGCAACAAGAAGGAGCACGUCAUCCACAUCAUCGACUUUGGAUUGGCCAAGGAGUACAUCGACCCUGAAACCAAAAAACACAUUCCCUACAGGGAGCACAAGAGUCUCACUGGAACAGCGAGAUACAUGUCCAUCAACACACACCUUGGCAAAGAGCAAAGUCGUCGAGAUGACUUAGAAGCCCUUGGCCAUAUGUUCAUGUAUUUCCUCCGAGGCAGCCUGCCCUGGCAAGGAUUGAAGGCUGACACCUUAAAAGAGAGAUAUCAGAAGAUUGGGGACACAAAGAGGAACACUCCAGUUGAAGUUCUCUGUGAGAACUUUCCAGAGGAGAUGGCCACGUACCUCCGCUAUGUGCGGCGAUUAGACUUCUUUGAGAGACCAGACUACGAUUACCUGCGGACCAUCUUCACGGAGCUGUUUGAGAAGAAAGGCUACACCUUUGACUACGCCUACGACUGGGUCGGCAGGCCAAUUCCUACUCCCGUGGGAUCUGUCCAUGUAGAUUCUGGGACCUCUGCAGUGACCAGAGACAGCCACAUCCACCGGGACCGACCAUCCCAACAGGCCCUUCGCAAUCAGGUGUCAUCGGAUCGCCGAGGGGAGUGGGAGAUCCAGCCGAGCCGGCAGACAAAUACCUCGUACUUGACAUCUCAUUUGGCUGCAGAUCGACAUGGAGGAUCUGUGCAGGUGGUGAGCUCAACCAACGGGGAGCUGAACGUGGACGACCCAACAGGAGCGCACUCCAACGCACCCAUCACGGCGCAGGCGGAGGUGGAGGUGGUGGAGGAAGCUAAGUGCUGCUGCUUCUUUAAGAGGAAACGGAAGAAGACGGCUCAGCGUCACAAGUGACCGGUGCCUCCUGGGCCUUGCAGGAACCACCACGCCUGCAGCUCCUGCCCUGUCUUACUGGAAGGGGCUUCUCUUUAGGAGGAAGGAGGAGGAGGCAUAGGAGGAAGAGAGAAAAACGAAAACAAAAAAGAAAAAAAAAACCCAAGUGACAUUUUAAACCAAAAAGAGAAGAAAACGUUCCAAAACAAACCACUCUGGGGUGGAUCUGCUGAAUGGUCUCCCUCAUUCACUCCAAGCCUGAAGCUCCUUUUGGGACCAGGACUGUGGCUGGCUCAGGUCUUGGUCGCCCUGGGAGGGGGGCUGGCUGGCUGACCCUCCUUCCCAUUGUUUACGGUGAAGGCAUCGUUGACGCAAACCUGAGGACUGUGCUUAGUUCCUGCUCACUUUCCUCCCCUCCCUCCCCUGCACUCUGCUCCUCUGUCCUCCUCCCUCCUUAAUUAAGUGAAGAAAUUCCAUAGGCUCGAUUGGCUGUGGAGAGGGCAGGAGGAUGCGGGGCAAGCAGGAGAGUUGCUAGGAGAAGGGCCUGACUGCUGCAGCAGGAAGAGACAGGUUCUCUCUGUGGCUCCUUGGGAACAGUUACACUGUAAUGUGCAAGCUGUGAGAAAUUUGCAAUCUACUGUUCCAGUUAGGGUUUUUUUUUUCCGGCUCCCUUGACACCUCCCUCCUGUGACAGUAACAGAGCAGUGUGGAUUGUUUUAAAGAA